CUAACCUUGGGCACUCGCGUUUAGGCCUAGGGGAAGCUCUUAAGACCAUUACUUCUCAGAGUACAAAACAAUCCCGAAGAGAUGUAUUUCACAACUGAGCUUCGCCAAAUAUCCAUACUUAUUAAACAAUGGAGAGUUACUACAAUGAAAGGUGUUAGUGGUUCCAUAGUGGCAGUUCUGGCGCUGGCUGUUCUGUACGAAUGUGCAAAAGGAUUACAUGUGUAUUUACGAUCUCGCCUUCAAAACCAGAAUGAAAGAACGAAUAUGACGAAAAGAAGGAUUUAUAGGUCGGAAGCUUUCACUCAGUUUUUAAAGAUGUGUCUUUUUAUGGCUGAGCUCUCUUUCGCAUAUUUCCUGAUGUUGAUCACUAUGACAUACAACACGUGGCUGUUCAUCGCUGUUGUGAUUGGUCGUGGGCUGGGCUUCUAUCUGGUGACACCGCUGAUGAUCUCAUAUGAAGGCAGAGAGGAGACUGAUGACUAUAUUGACAUCUCGAUGGAUUCACUAUCCACACGACAUCAGCAAUUGUGAAAUCUGCUCAAAUAUCAUGAACUGCAAAGCAUGAAACAAAUAUUCCAUUCGUACAAUUUAACGAAGGUUUAUCAUUUUAACUAGAUCGAGUCUCCUUAAACUGCAGAUGGAGCCAAGGUUUUCUGUAUAUCUUCAGAAAUAAGUAAAUCUGUAUCCUAGUGGAGCAGCCAUUUUACAAGAGCCGCUUCCCCUCCCUCGACACGGACGUUGUGUCAGCCUCUAAAUGAAGAUAUAGGUCUCAAUCAACUGAAUAGUCUCCUAAAGGAA